AGCCCAUAUGGCUCGUAAAGCUAGCUAAAUGUGCGAGAUCUCAACCUGCGACAUGGGCUGAUGGUGCCUGGAGAAGGUUUGGAAGAUGUUGAUCCAGAAGAGGCCAAACUGUCUUUGGAGGAGCUCCAACUGGAAUCUGACAUUCGUGCAUUGGAGAUGGAGAUCAGCAUCAUGGACAUGAAGCGCCAGAUUGAGGUCCAAGAGGAACAUCUGGAAAACUGGCAGCAGGUGCUGUCCAAGGACAAGGCUGGGCGCCUACAAUGUGAAAAACUGAGGGAGGCCCAGGAGGAGCUUGCCCAACUGCGCGCCAAGUGUGCUGCCAUUGAAGCACAGCGCCCUCCACGAUUGCCUAGCCCUACCAGAGCUGCAGUGGAACAAUCUCCCCGAGAGACGGCUCCAGAAGUGGCACCACCAGCUACCAUUGAGCGUGCUGGCGAGGCAAAGGUUCCUCCACGUUCGGACAGUACAAAGGAUGCACCUGCAGCACUAAAGCAUCGAGGCUCGCAGCGUGGCUCAGCCAGAGGGCGGAGUUCCAGGGCUGCUGCCGCCGCAGCAGCUGCAGCCGUUGCAGGAGGCCAAAACUCUGGCCUUCGUGGCGGCUAUGAAGCUUCACGGGUUAUAUCACAUAGGUAGCUAGGCACUGAAGGCCCCAAAUGUUAGCUGGCCCGAACAUCAGGCAGCCGCGCAGCAGCGCAGCAGCGCAGCCGUUUCACUGGG